GAGGCAUUGAAUAAUAAAGUUUUAUUGGAAAUUAAAUUCGCGCCGUUAUAUGAAUAUGUGUGAGUGGUAAAGACGAAACAUCGCUGUUAAGUUUAUUGCGAGAACAUAAACUCUGAGUGUGGAUGUUGAAAACAGAUUGGAUAGCGUGAAGAUGAUAAAUGUACCAGGGAUGUUACUCAAAGAAUGAACAAGAAAAUGGACCCGCCGAAUACAAUAUACCACAUUUAUGAAAUAAGAUGAAUCGCUUCCGCAAAAUGAAAUUGAAUACGACACCGCAAGCGCCUAACAAUGAAUGAGCUGGAGUUCAUUAUCUAUCCAACUGGCGAUGCUAUCGAUAACUUUAAUGUAACUUGGAGUGUUAUAACAAGCAACUAUAGUAUAAUUGAAGACAAAAACGGCAAUGGAACGGAAACGGACGAUAAGGAUAAAGACGUGAAUAAUUGGUGGGCGUUGAUUGCAUUAGUGUUGGUGGUGUGCACGGCGGCUGGGAAUGUGUUAGUGUGUUUGGCGAUCUACUUGGAGAGGAGGUUGCAGAAUGUGACGAACUAUUUCCUGAUGUCCCUGGCGAUUACGGACCUCCUGGUGGCGGUGUUGGUGAUGCCCGUGGGCAUACUGACUCUAGUGAGAGGUUAUUUCCCGCUUCCAGCGGUCUACUGCCUGGUGUGGGUAUGCCUAGAUGUUCUUCUGUGCACGGCGUCUAUUAUGCAUCUAUGUACUAUAAGUGUUGAUAGGUAUCUCUCUUUGCGCUACCCAAUGCGUUUUGGCAGGAACAAGACAAGGAAGAGAGUCACAAUCAAAAUCAUGUUUGUCUGGAUCCUAUCCACUGCUAUGAGCUUACCAUUAAGUCUCAUGUAUUCUAAGAACGAGGAAUCGGUUCUAAUCGGUGGUUCCUGUCAAAUCCCCGAUCCGCUAUACAAAGCGAUCGGUUCGGUUAUAUCCUUCUAUAUACCUCUGGGGGUGAUGCUACUGACAUACGCGCUGACGGUGCAACUACUCGCGAGGCAACGGAAGGGCUUGGGCCAGGGGUGGGCCGCGGGAUGGCUCGGUGCGAUCCCCAUCGGUAUUUAUGGCAUGCUUUAGCGCCGUUGUACAUGGAAGAGGUUUCUCAGCCCAAGAGGAGGGACACCACAACACUCCGCCGCCUCCACCGAAACCGAAUUACCACCGAUUGACACGAGGGAUCUGUGGCUACAAGAUUCCAGUGAGCCCGCUCCAUCAGCAAUGAGCGCACUGCAUCAUUUUGGGGCAGAGAUGUUGCGCCUGUCUCGAGGCUUGGAAGCUUCCGCUGCAGCUAAGGCAUCCAAAGGGACAAACAUAUCCGAUAAGGGGGGGAUGCUAACACCUGGAUCCCUGAGUGUUUCAUCGAGUUCACCAUCUUCUAUGUUACAAGACAAAAGAAGGCCAUCUUCAGCUUGUGAUCCAAAUACUCCACUACACAGAGCAAGGAGCGCUUCAGACGACGAAGGAAAUGAUGGCCUUCUUGCCCCUGUCACCCUAACUGCGAAAUCGCGAAGUUCGGAAGAUGGUUUAUUAUUACCACCACCUUGCACGUGCCCUUACUUCGGUUCUGAAUCAACACCACCAAGAAGAACCACAGAAGUUAUUAUCGUACCCGGUGGAGACAUAAAUGGGUGUAAUGGAUACCCAAGAAAUGGAAACUUGAAACCCGAAGAAUCUUCCGCGAGUUUCUUCAGACGACCCAGUAGAGGCGCAUCUUCUAUGGUGACUUGGGAAGAAGCGAGAAGAUUCAGACGGGGCUCCAGCUUUGGUGCAGCAAGAACAACUCUUUCGACGCCUGUUAGAACCAUUCGUGGCCAGAGAUCUAAUAACUCCCGCCCACAGACCAACGCCACCCCGCAAAGGCAGACUCCCAGAACGCAUCAUUCGAGAAAUUCCAGUGUAAUAUCGCGUAAUUCCUCUCGCCACGGGAGAAUAUUGCGGCUCGAACAAAAGGCGACUAAAGUUCUCGGGGUUGUGUUUUUUACUUUUGUCGUGCUGUGGGCUCCGUUUUUCAUUUUAAAUAUGGUGCCAGCCGUUUGUCCGGAAUGCGAGAAGCGUAUACCUAUAUGGGUGUUCGACUUCGUGCUCUGGUUGGGUUACGCUUCCUCUAUGGUGAAUCCAAUAUUCUAUACGAUAUUUAACAAAGUAUUUAGGCAGGCUUUUAAGAAAGUUCUGCUUUGUCAGUAUUGUAAGAAGAGAAGAUAGCCAGCACCCUGGGAGCGUAUCCGACCUUCCUCUG